AUGCUACAUGCAAGUGCGAUAUUAACACUUCUGCAAAUUAUCCAUGGAUAUGAAAAUAUAGCUUUAUAUAAGCCCACACAUCAAUCUCAUGUGUAUAUCAGUAAUACGUUUGAAGAACAAAUAUUUGACUCAAGUAAUGCUGUUGAUGGCCUGAAAACUAACCUCUCAGCCUUUGGGGGACAGUGUGUUAUUUCAGCUGAUAAGUAUUUUACUGCAACCUGGUGGGUAAAUCUGACAUCCAUCUACAGCAUUCAUGAUAUAAAGAUAUAUUACAGAACAGACAAUUCACAAUGGGGUUCGCCUUCUAUAUCUGGCUUAAAGAAAAGGUUUCUGGGAUUUUAUGUUUACGUGUCAAACACAACAAACAGAUUUGAAGGUCAAUUAUGUUUUCAUGACAAAAACUACAGUCUGACAUCGAUAUCCGCCGUCAUAGAUAUACCAUGUCCUAUACAUGGACAGUACGUCAUCUAUUACAACGAAAGACCACAGAUUCCACAAUAUCCCACUCAGUUAUCCCCUUAUGCACACAAUGAAUUGUGUGAAGUGGAGGUCAAUGGGUGCGAGGAAAAGGGAUACUAUGGACCAAAUUGUUCCCUUCCCUGUCCUGGGAACUGUAAACAUCCUUAUUGUCACAUAGAGACAGGUGCUUGUCAGGAGUGUAGGACUGGGUAUCAGGGACUUCAAUGUGAACUACACAUUGUUGGAGAGCAGUUGGAAAGACCGACACAGCGAUCACAAAGUCUGCCAGCAUCCCUACAGCUCUUCGCUGCUCUAAGGUUUUUGGCUUCGGGAACAGAACAGAGAGUCAUCGGUUAUACUCUUGGAAUCUCAAAGUCAUCAGUGUGUUGCGAUGCUGGGUAUAUGGGAGUGUUCUGUAUUACAGAAUGCACUUAUAAUAUGUAUGGCAGAAACUGUAGUAGACGUUGUGGUAACUGUCGAAAUGGAGGAAAAUGUCACCAUAUUAAUGGGACAUGUUCAAAUGGAUGUAUCCAGGGUUAUAAAGGCAUUUUUUGUUCAACAGGAUAG